AUGGUGCACGCUGGUCUCAUCCGGCAGCACCUUCACCCUGGGCUUUUUCUCCCAGGCCGGCGUGCCAGCCAAGAGAUACCUUGCAUUUGGUUCACCGCGUCCCCGGAUGCCGUCUGUUGGGUGGCCAACCGCGACACCCCCCUCAACAACACCUCGGGCGUACUGGUGGUCGGCAGCACCGGGAGCCUUCGCCUUCUCGAUGGCUCUGGCCACGCCGCGUGGUCUUCCAACACGACGACGAGUAGUUCCGCUCCAGCCGUGGUGCAGUUGCUUGACUCCGGCAACCUUGUCGUGCGCGAGCAGAGCAGCGGUGACAUGCUCUGGCAGUCGUUCGAUCACCCAUCGAACGCCUUGCUCGCCGGCAUGAGAAUCGGCAAGGACCUGCAGACUGGCGCGGAGUGGUCCCUCACGUCGUGGCGUGCAUCGAACGACCCGACGACCGGGGAGUGCAGGCUUGUGAUGGACACUAUGGGGCUCCCGGACAUCGUCUCGUGGCAAGGAAACGCCAAGAAGUACCGAACGGGCCCCUGGAACGGCCUAUGGCUCAGCGGCGUCCCGGAGAUGGCGAGGGUGUCGAACUCGGAUCCGUACUCCAACCAGGUCGUCGUCCGCCCCCACGAGAUCGCAUACAUCUUCAACACCUCGGCCUACGCGCCCUUCUCCCGCCUCGUGUUGAAUGAGGUCGGCGUGCUGCAGCUACUGGCGUGGGAUCUGACCAACCUGGUGUGGGACGUCUUCUCGCAGUCGCCGAAGGACAUCUGUGACGACUACGCCAAGUGCGGCGCUUUCGGCCUGUGCAACGUGAACUCGAAGCCCACGCUGUUCUGCAGCUGCGUCGUGGGGUUCAGCCCCAUGAACCCCUCGCAGUGGUCCUUGAGGCAAUACGGAGGCGGAUGCCGGAGGAAUGUGCCGCUGGAAUGCCACGGCAACGGGACGACGAUGGACGGGUUUAUGGUGGUGCGGGCAGUGAAGCUCCCUGACACGGACAACGCGACGGUGGACAUGGGCGCGACGGUUGAGCAGUGCAGGGCGAGGUGCCUCGCCAACUGCUCCUGCAUCGCCUACGCCACCGCCGACAUCCGAGGAGACGGUGAUGGCAGUGGCUGCGUCAUGUGGACGAAUUACAUUGUUGACAUCCGGUACGUAGACAAGGGGCAGGAUCGUCUCUACCUAAGGUUGGCCAAGUCUGAAUUUGAUAUAGUUAAAAGGAAGAGGAGUGUUGUGGCAAAGAUCGUGUUUCCAGUCACAGCAUCUCUGCUAGCAGCCAUGGCUGCAGGCAUGUACCUUGUUUGGAUAUGCAAGCUUAGAGGCCCAUGUCGAAACAAUGGUAGUGGGGAGAAAGUAAUGCUAGGUUUAGAGAGCACGUCAAAUGAACUUGGCGACGAAGAAGAUCUCGAGCUUCCAUUUCUUAGCUUUAGAGAUAUUGUCUCUGCGACAAACAACUUUUCUGAUGGUAACAUGCUUGGACGAGGAGGCUUCGGGAAUGUUUAUAAGGGUAUGUUGCCUGAUAACAAAGUAGUUGCAAUCAAAAGAAUUGGUAAGGGCUCUAGACAAGGGGUAGAGGAAUUCAGAAAUGAAGUUGUUCUAAUUGCCAAACUGCAACACAGAAACCUUGUCAGACUUCUUGGUUGCUGCAUUCAUGGAGACGACAGGCUGCUGAUUUACAAGUAUUUACCAAACAAAAGCUUGGAUUGCUUCAUUUUUGAUCCUGCAAGUAAAAGAGCCCUCGAUUGGCCAACAAUAUUCAAGAUAAUCAAAGGAAUUUCUAGAGGACUUCUUUAUCUCCUCUCCAACAGGCCGGAUUCAAGGUUGACUAUAAUUCAUAGAGAUAUCAAAACAAGCAACAUACUGUUGGAUGCAGAUAUGAGCCCAAAGAUAUCAGAUUUCGGUAUGGCAAGAAUCUUCAGUGGAAACCAACAAGAAGCAAAUAGUAAUCGAGUUGUUGGGACAUAUGGUUACAUGUCUCCUGAAUAUGCAAUGGAUGGUGCCUUUUCAGUCAAGUCAGAUACAUAUAGCUUCGGUGUCAUACUCUUGGAGAUUAUAAGUGGUUUAAAGGUCACUUCAACUCAGUUCACCAGCUUCCCUAGCAUAUUAGCUCAUGCAUGGAGCUUAUGGAAAGAUGGUAAAGCAAUUGAUCUCGUAGACACAUCAAUUGUUGGGACUUGCUCACCAGUUGAAGCUUUGCGAUGUAUCCACGUAGGACUCUUGUGUGUGCAACACAAUCCAAAUAGUAGGCCACUUAUGUCAUCGGUUGUGUUCAUGUUGGAGAACGAAACCACAUUACGUUCAGUCCCAAAGCAACCCAUGUACUUCUCCCAAUGGUAUUUAGAAGCCCAAGGAACAGGAGAAAAUACAAAUAGCUCCAUGAACGACGUGAGUGUCUCAGUGUUGGAAGGACGGUGA